CGAGCGCCGCCGGAAAGCGUCGAGCGGCUUCGGUAGCUGGGGCGGGGCCGGGGCGGGGCCGGGACCGGGGAGGGGCCUGGCCCGGCACCCGGAUCCCGAAGUCCGCGCCCCGCGCCCAGCGCCGGGCGCCCGGAGCCCGGAGCCGCCGCCGCCGCCAUGGGGGCCUGCCUGGGAGCCUGCUCCCUGCUCAGCUGCGCGUCCUGCCUCUGCGGUUCUGCCCCCUGCAUCCUGUGCAGCUGCUGCCCUGCCAGUCGCAACUCCACCGUGAGCCGCCUCAUCUUCACGUUCUUCCUCUUCCUGGGGGUGCUGGUGUCCAUCAUUAUGCUAAGCCCAGGCGUGGAGAGUCAGCUCUACAAGCUGCCCUGGGUGUGUGAGGAGGGGGCUGGGAUCCCCACCGUCCUACAGGGCCACAUCGACUGUGGCUCCCUGCUUGGCUACCGCGCUGUCUACCGCAUGUGCUUCGCCACAGCGGCCUUCUUCUUCUUUUUCACCCUGCUCAUGCUCUGCGUGAGCAGCAGCCGGGACCCCCGGGCUGCCAUCCAGAAUGGGUUUUGGUUCUUUAAGUUCCUGAUCCUGGUGGGCCUCACCGUGGGUGCCUUCUACAUCCCUGAUGGUUCCUUCUCCAACAUCUGGUUCUACUUUGGCGUCGUGGGCUCCUUCCUCUUCAUCCUCAUCCAGCUGGUGCUGCUCAUCGACUUUGCACACUCCUGGAACCAGCGGUGGCUGGGCAAGGCCGAGGAGUGCGACUCCCGCGCCUGGUACGCAGGCCUCCUCUUCUUCACUCUCCUCUUCUACUUGCUGUCGAUCGCGGCCGUGGCGCUGAUGUUCAUCUACUACACUGAGCCCAGCGGCUGCCACGAGGGCAAGGUCUUCAUCAGUCUCAACCUCACCUUCUGUGUCUGUGUGUCCAUUGCUGCUGUCCUGCCCAAGGUCCAGGAUGCCCAGCCCAACUCGGGUCUGCUGCAGGCCUCAGUCAUCACCCUCUAUACCAUGUUUGUCACCUGGUCAGCCCUAUCCAGUGUCCCUGAACAGAAAUGCAACCCCCACUUGCCAACCCAGCUGGGCAAUGAGACGGUCAUGGCAGGCCCCGAGGGCUAUGAGACCCAGUGGUGGGAUGCCCCGAGCAUUGUGGGCCUCAUCAUCUUCCUCCUGUGCACCCUCUUCAUCAGUCUGCGCUCCUCAGACCACCGGCAGGUGAACAGCCUGAUGCAGACCGAGGAGGGCCCACCUAUGCUAGAGGCCACACAGCAGCAGCAGCAGCAGGUGGCAGCCUGUGAGGGCCGGGCCUUUGACAACGAGCAGGACGGCGUCACCUACAGCUACUCCUUCUUCCACUUCUGCCUGGUGCUGGCCUCACUGCACAUCAUGAUGACACUCACCAACUGGUACAAGCCCGGCGAGACCCGGAAGAUGAUCAGCACGUGGACCGCCGUGUGGGUGAAGAUCUGUGCCAGCUGGGCAGGGCUGCUCCUCUACCUGUGGACCCUGGUAGCCCCACUCCUCCUGCGCGACCGCGACUUCAGUUGAGGCAGCCUCACAGCCUGCCACCUGGUGCCUCCUGCCACCUGGUGCCUCUUGGCUCAGUGACAGCCAACCUGCCCCCUCCCCGCACCAAUCAGCCAGGCUGAGCCCCCACUCCUGCCCCAGCUCCAGGACCUGCCCCUGAGCCGGGCCCUCUAGUCUUAGUGCCUUCAGGGUCCGAGGAGCCCCAUCCGCCUGCCACACACACGCGGCGGAGCUCCCUCUUCCUUCCCCUCCCCCCUGUUGCCCAUACUCAGCGUCUUGGGAUGAAAGGGCUCCGUUGUCCUCAGGCUGCGUGGGAGCCGGGCUGCUGGAGACAGCCACUCAGAGCCGCUGGAGGGCAGAGAGCUCCCACCACAGUGAGACAUCUGGCACUGAGGCCAUGGUGUUCCUGGUCACAUCCCCCAGGGGACCCUGUCCCCUUCCUGGACUUUGUGCCUUACUGUGUCUCUAAGACUUUGUCUAAUAAACAAGCCAGUGCGUGUACCAUG